AUGAACUUUUAUUCCUCAAAUGUUUUUAAUUCAAAUAAUAUUAUUAUUCCCGGUGAUGUUAAGACUAUUUGCAAUGAUGUUAGAACGUUAGAAUCUAUGUUGUUAAACGAUGAUGAUAUGAUGGAACGUACAAAUGAAAAAUCGCAUACUCUAGCUUACUCAUCGUCAUCUUCAAUAGACACAACGAAACUAAUGUAUUCCGGUACAACAAAACUUUAUUUGCGAUCAUUAAAAAAAAUUUUAAAUCAAAUUGAACAAAUGCAAAAAGCAAUCACAACACGUUCAUCAUCUAUUGAACCAAGAGCAUCCGUUAUGCCCUCUUCAUCUGUAUUAAAACGAUUAAAAAAUUCGAAUAUAGAACAACAUCAACAACAUACGCCGCUAACAUUUUCAUCAUUAUUUUCUCCACCAUCAAUUUAUUGUAAAUCAUCGAAUAAAUUAGAACCAAAAACUAUGUCAUUUUCAAAAAUUUUAUCAAAUAAUGAACGAAAUAGCACCUUUUCUUAUUCAAAACCAACAGUUCGAAUAUGGACACUAAAAAAUCGCAAACAAUUAAUUAAAGCUGUUCAGUAUGAACUAAAUGAAAUGACGAAAAAACAACAACAACAACAACAGGCGAAAUCAAAUCAAGUUUCAAAAAGAGAAUCAGUGGACAUAUCACAGAGUGUACAUGUUGACGAAAUCAAAAAUAUGAAUAUGGAAAAAAAUUUGGAUUGGAUUCAUAUAUCUCAAUAUCAUUUAGAUAAUCGAUGGUCACCAAUUGUAUGUAAAAAUGCUUGGGAACAAAUAUGUAAUGAUCGUAUUAAUCAAAAACAAUGGACUGAACAUGAAGAACAAUUAUUAAUUAAUUUGGUUGAACGUGAACAAACAAUUGAUGAUCAUGGUAUUGGUGAUAAAUGGCCAAUAAUAGCUCAAAUGCUAAAUACUGGCAGAAGUGCGUAUCUUUGUGCAAAACAUUAUAUGCAGAUUACAAAUGAAAAAUAUUCUAAACGCUCUCUCGAUGAUAAUGAACGUCAAUUAUUAAUCGAUUGUGUACAAGAUGUUCGUGAAGGUCAUUAUAUUCCAUGGAAUUCGAUAUCGUACAAUUUAGAAACGCGUACACGUGAAUUUGUUUAUUCGCAGUGGCUGUACAUUGAUCCAAACUGUAAACGUGGACGAUGGACAUCAGCUGAAGAAAAAGAAUUAAUACGUGUGGCUUCCGGUGGUGAUGGUGUUAAUACUAGUAAUAAAACGAUAACAAAUUGGCCAUUGUUAACAUCAACAAUGCGAACAAGAACAUCGAGACAAUGUCGUGAACGUUAUUUAACAUUAAAAACAUCAAAUAAUAAUGAAGGUCUUCUUGUCUCAACAUCAAAUAACGAUAAGUUAGCAUUUACAUUUGAUGAAGAUAUGUUAAUUAUGGAAAAAUAUGCAAUAUAUGGUCCAAAAUGGGCUAAAAUUGCACGUGAUAUUAAAAAUAGAACAGAUAAUUCGAUUUUAGUUCGACACAAAAUGUUAAUGAAAUCAAAAGAAAAAUGGUUAUGGUACCAAGAGUUAAGUAUAACAAUUAAACAAUUUAUUAGAUUAUUCUAUGAUAAAACUUAUUCACAAUCAAAAAAGAUUAAACAAAAUAAGAGAAAUUUUUUCACGGGUGGACCACCAACCUUAAUAUCACUGAAACCUGCUAUUGAAAACGAUGGUUUAGAUGAUUGGUCAACUUACGAUGAUAUCGACGAAGAUAUUGUAAAUUUUGGCUUUUAUCGAAAAGGUUUACCAUUUACUAUUACCGAUGAUGAAAUACGUUGGUUUAGAAAUAAUCCAACAUUAACAGCAAAUAUUGCCAAAAUUGCUGUCAGUGAAUUUCUUAGUAAAAAAUGUUGUCAAAGAAAACUAAAGGCUUUGAUGAAACCUUGGUUUGAAAGUGAAGAUCAAUCCCAUAUACCAUCUGAUUGUGAUAUUCGUACGAUGUUAAAUCAGACAUUGUCGCAUGGUCGUAAACGAAAAUUAACAAGUAUCACCGAACAUUCGAGAAAUAAAAUUCAUAAAACAGUAUCGUCUUUGGCAUUGACGUCUGUAACAAACAUGACUAAUAUGAGCUUAGUACAAACCAUCAAACGUGACAUCGAUGAACAAGAAAAACUCUCUGAUUUAUUAGCACGAAAUGUUUUGAAACAUGUUGGAAUAAACUUUGCUAAUCAACUAGUUGAUCAACUUCUCAACCCUCAGUCAUCGCCAGCAAAACAUUUUAAGGAUAUAUUUCAUCAAACAUUUUUCGAAACCUGUGGUUUGUAG